CACCACAUGCACCACCCUGUCACCGGCCGAAGCACCCCGCCACACGCCUAUCAACUCCCCAGGCCAGGGAGGGAUCCUAUCGUCCGAUGCAUCGUCACCAUUUCUCGACGUAAGGCCGCAUCUCCUGCUCAUGGCUCCACGCAGUCUUGUCCUGUGUGUGCAGGGACCAGUAGGUCUCAGCCAUCGCGUCGGGGUUCAGCAGGCUGUCGAUGGGACGGUCAGGCUGCCUGCACACACACAAUACGUGACACGCUCACAUGCACGUCUUCUUGUCGGCCGACGUGUGUGUGUGUGUGUGUCCAGAUCUCUCUGCUUUUUUUACAUCUCUCGGAUUUUCGGCGUAUCGAUUUGUCCGUCAACAACCGCAAGCACACCACCCACACACGAGUGGCCGUCCACCUCCCUCUCUGUAUGUGUAUGUGGUGGUUUUGAGGUUGCCUUGCUUACUGAUGUGUGCCACGUGUAUGCCUUCGGGCAUCAGUUCUCUGGCCAUGCACUGCGCCAGCGCCCGGAGGGCAAACUUGUGCACCGCAAGGUUGUAGAAACUCUUUCCGCCUCUCAGGCUGGCCGUCGCACCCGUCAACAGAAUUGUCCCUAAUCGACAGAUGCCACACACAGACUCAUUAGUGCAUCCAUCACUUCUGUGCGUGUGUGUGUGUGUCUGUCUGGAGGGCCAAUGACUCUGACCCUUCUUCUGCGCCGUCAUGGCGGGAACGACCUCUUUGGAUGCGAUGAAGGCGCCCGUGCAGCCCACCUUCAUGUUGGUCUCGAACUGGUCUGUGGGCGUGUCCACCAGCUUGGCAGGGGGCCAUGACGUCCUGCCGCCCGCAUUCCACACCUACCCAACCAAUGUGCACAUACAUCUUCGCCAACUUGCCGUCGUAGUGUGCCUGUGUUUCUGACCAGGACUUCCACAUCGCCAAGCCUCUCGCGAAUCGUGCGAAAGGCCUCCUUAAUGCUCGGCUCGCUGGUCCCGUCAGCAGGCACACACAAGGCCUGACCACCUGGCGCCAUCCGUACAGCAUGCACCUCCUGAGCUGCAACGCUUCUACAUGCCUUCCUUUUCGAUGGCCUCUUUGACGGGGCUGAGGUUGUUCAUAUCUCGCGACAUCAGCGCCACCUUGUAGCCACCACGGGCGAACCGCCUGCAGACACACACAACAAGACAGUCAGGCAAUGGCAAAUUGGCAAUGGCCACCCAUCUUUCCCCCUCUGCGUACCUUGCGACGGCUUGCCCGAGCCCCGGGCCCACUCCAACGACCACGGCACAUCCAAAAGUCGCCACCACUCGCACACUCACUGGUUUUGCGUCAGAUCCUAAGCGCCGGAGAUCCCGCCUUUCAAAACUUCCCCGGCAAUUCAU